AGUGCGCAGUGGAUGAAUGGAGUGGCUGUACAUAGUGCACUAGUAUGCACAGAGACGCAUAACGCUAUCUGUAAUAUACAUAAUGAAGCGACCGGAAAGGAUUUAUUCAUCUCAGCUUUAAAUUUAUACACAUCAUUGAAUGUAAUAUAUUCAAAUACAUUAGUUAAACUCUGUUAUCAUAGGAAAUUCAUUUAUAACGUUACUGCAUUUAAACCUACUAAAAUCAAGAUACCUGAUCUUAUUGUCACUGGAUGCACUUGGGAGUAUUUGGGAAUCUGCAAACCAUCUCUUCUUUUUCUCGCUAAGCGAUAGUCGUGGCUGUUAUAAUGCAUUCACAUGGGUUGUUGUCUCCAUGAUCACCGGUUUCCUCGUUGAUUUCAGCAUCAGCAGGUCAUCAUGAGAAUGAGACUGAAGCUAAAGACUGUGUUUGUCCUGUACUUCAUUGUGUCACUACUAGGACUCAUCUAUGCGCUGAUGCAGCUGGGCCAGCGCUGUGACUGUAGAGAUCAUGCCAUGUCUAAAGAUCAGCAGAUCUCUCAGCUGAGAGGAGAGCUGCAGAAGCUGCAGGAACACAUCAAAACAUCAGAGCUGUCUAAGAAGACUGAUGUGCCCAGAAUCUAUGUGAUAACACCCACAUAUGCAAGACUGGUGCAGAAAGCUGAGCUCACUCGUUUGUCCCACACCUUCCUCCAUGUUCCUCAGCUGCACUGGAUCGUGGUGGAGGACGCUCCUCAGCCGACUUCGCUGGUCACAGACUUCCUGGCUGCAUCUGGCUUGACCUACACCCAUCUAUACAAGCGGACCCCCAAAGACAGGAAGCUGCAGGAGGGAGAUCCCAGCUGGCUGAAGCCCCGGGGGGCUGAGCAGAGGAAUGAGGGUCUGCGCUGGCUCAGGGAGAUGGGCGCUGCUGCUAAAGGAAAGGAAGCGGCUGCCCUCGAGGAGGCUGUGGUGUACUUUGCUGAUGAUGACAACACAUACAGCCUGCAGCUUUUUGAAGAGAUGCGGUACACAUACCGUGUCUCUGUGUGGCCUGUGGGUCUGGUGGGUGGGAUGAAGUUUGAGCGGCCCGUGGUGGAGGAUGGGAAGGUUGUGCGUUUCCACACUGGCUGGCGUCCCAACCGCCCGUUCCCCAUCGACAUGGCUGGUUUUGCUGUGUCCCUGAGGUUGAUCCUGACCAAUCCCCAAGCACGGUUUGAUGGUGAUGCUCAGAUGGGCUUCCUGGAAAGCAGCUUCCUUCAGCACCUGGUUACUAUGGAUGACCUUGAGCCCAAAGCAGACCUGUGCACUAAGGUGCUGGUGUGGCACACCCGAACUGAGAAGCCAAAGAUGAAGAGGGAAGACGCUUUGCAGAAGCAAGGGUUGGGUUCAGAUCCGGAUGUGGAGGUGUAAGCACCACCUCUUCAGAACAUGCCUGAACUUCACCAAACAUCCACACUUCCAUUGUGCCAAACAGAUUCUCUUAUUUAUGGCAAGAGGUGAAUUUUAAAGUGUGAUUUCUGAGCCACACACCAAAGACAUGAGGAAUGAGGAAAGGAAGUGAUGAAUGCAGGGAUAAAAAAGUGCAAGAGACAGAAGCAAAGAAACCUGCAGCCUAAAAGAAAAUGGAUUCUUGCAUCCCAUAAACCAUCCUUAUCAUUGGUACACUUGAACUGUAUUUAAAGAGAAUUUUACAUAUGGUAUCAAUAAAUAAGAUGAGCUUGUAUUUAUAGAUUAGAAGUGUAAUUGUAUAGUGUGAGGCUUGCUUGGAAUAUAUUUAUAAUGUGAACUCAUUAUGUCUAUGCUGUCCAUGUCUCUGUUACCUUCAGUCUAGGUGUACUUGUCUUAUGUCUUCACAUUAAGUCUUAAAGUCUAUGAUAUUUUUUUUCUUCACUGAUAAAUGGAGGAUAUAAAUAGGUCAGAUAUGGUGUCUAUUUAUGCCAUUAACCAUCUUUGUUGAAUCACAAUGGUGUGCUUAUCUUUAAUCCAGUUGCAUGUUGGGUACGUGGCACUGGUAAAGCUUCAGGUGACAGUGUAAAGUACAGAUGAGGUCACUUGAUCCUGUGAAACAAAGGGUGAAAACAUUUAGAAUUACUAGGGUGUCGAUGUAGAAAUGUAGAUAGUGCAAGAAUGUAGCGGACAGUUCGGUUUUAGCACAUUUUGUCAGAUUCCAUGUGAGUUGAAUUGGCCACAACUCAGAGGAAGUUGAAUAGAGUGCAAAAGUCCAAUUCUGGAAGUUGAAAAUUUUGAUUUUUAACGAUAAUGUGUAAACUAUUAAAGACAGAUGAGGUUGUUACAUGCUUUUGAUGAAGCCAUCAGCCUGCAUUAUUUCAACUUAUUUUUAAAUAAUCAUGUUCAACAGAUUCCUGGUGAAAACUUCAUUACCCACAAUUCUGCAAAGAAUCGCAGAAUUGAAUGUAAAUAUUGCCUACAUAGUAUAGAGUCAGUCUCCCUACAUUCCCAAAUUACUUAAACAUUUGUGCAUAUAUGUACAUUUUGCAAUAAAUGUAAAAUAUAUUGUUUCUUUAUAACCUUUAUAACAUCCUCCUGUAGCUCAAACAGUAGAGCAUGGUGCUAGCAAUGUCACGGUUAUGGAUUCAAUUCCCAGGGGAAGCAAGAACUGAUUAAAAUGUGAAUGCAGUGUAAAUUGCUUUGGAUGAAAAUGCCAAACGCAUAGAUGUAAA